UCUUGCUAUUCCCCGAACCCUAGCCCUCUCCUCCUUCUCUCCCACUCUCUUUCCACGACCACCACCACUUCCCCCUCCUCCGCUCACUCCCGCUACUAUCUCUCUCUCUCAUUGACCGCCUCCGCCCCUUUGCCGGCGCCAUCACCUCCAUGAGCAAGCUCUCUCUCUCUCUCUCUCUCGGAUCUCGGAAGACUAAAAGAAGGAAAAGAACCCUUCUCUCAAUCUCUCUCUCGAAUUGGGGAAAUCGAUUGCUUCUAUGAACCAAUCCUUCUCUCAAUCUGUCAGUCAAAUAUGGGAAAUCGAUGGCUGCUGUGAGGUUGAACGCAAAGAUUUUCACCGACGGCUACUUCUCCUUGUACCCCUGCAAGCUCGAAAAGGUCAACAUCAAGUGCGGCGAGAUCUCAAAAUUUACAGAUCUCAAACCCGGCAGCUGUUCCAGUUUCACUCUCCACCUUCUUCAUUUUAUACAUCGAGCGGUCUCUCUCUUUCCUCUGCGACUAGUCUUCCCACCCUUUGGAGCUCGCUGUCACCGCCAUUGCCUCGAACCGAAGAAGCUCUCGGUACCCUACCCGGUAGAACUGGUUUUCUGAAUAAGUGUUCAGUUUCAACAAGUUUUUCUGUACAAGCUUCCUUGCCGGAGAAUAGCGAUAGAUUUAAAGUGGAAUACACUCCACGGAUGAUUGUUGGAUUGGGUAACCCUGGAAAUAAGUACCAUGGAACUAGGCACAAUGUUGGUUUUGAAAUGAUAGAUAGUAUUUCCAAAAUGCAGGGCAUUGUGAUGAAUACAAUUCAGUCAAAGGCACUGGUUGGAAUAGUACAGGUUCCAUUGGAGAGGAACCAAUUUUGGUGGUGAAGCCUCAAGCUUACAUGAAUUAUAGUGGGGAAGCGAGUUUCUUUUGAGUUUCAGCAUAAUGUUUGUGGUAGAUCAAUAUAUGCAGAGGGUACAGUUGAUGCUGUAAUUUUCCUUGCUAAGAAGACGCAGUUCAUGAUGGAAACCAUGACAGCUCUCAUUGAGAAGGUAUGGCCAUCUCUCUGCUAGUUUUGUAACAUAUUAUCAAUCUUUAUAUGGGUAAUUUCUUCCUUGCUGCCUCUGUAUGUUUGUUUUCAAGUAAGAUAGAAAGUGAGUUUGACGAGUCUUCUCAUAAGUUAGAUGCAGGCUCAAUUUUGUUAUACUGAAGAUGACUAGUAAAAGUUCAGGUGAAAA